GUCAGUCAGUGCGCCGCUGUCAACCAGUUUGGACAGGUGCGAAAAGCCAGUGUUGGACAAAACUCUGCCGCUCGCUCGCGGUCAAAACUACCCUGAAGGAUAUAAAGCGUAAAAGUUUGGUGAUCUACCUGCUGUGCCUUGUGACUUCCGGUCGACCAUGGGGAUCCUAGAGGAGUGUCCCACGCCCACGCCCGUGUCCGUGGCCUUAGACAUGUGCCUCAAACGCCAGGGCGACGGUCCCACACAGGCCACCCCCGCCCACCACCAAAACCCUCCGGCCACACGCCCACACCAAGACCCUGAUGAAGACCUGGAGGUAGACGUGGUAGAUACAGACUCCGAAAUAGAAGUCGGGAAGGGUGAGGAGGAGGUGUGUGAGGAAGAGGAAGAAGGCGGAAACGUGGGCGGCGGGGGCGGGGAGGGGAGCAGUGAGGGCGGCGGGGACGCAGGCGGCCCCUCCAAGAGGAAGCAGCGCCGUUACCGCACCACCUUCACCUCCUACCAGCUGGAAGAACUGGAGAAGGUGUUCGCCCGUACUCACUACCCCGACGUGUUCACCAGAGAAGAACUAGCCAUGAAGAUUGGACUAACGGAAGCCCGCAUACAGGUGUGGUUCCAGAACCGGCGGGCCAAGUGGAGGAAGCAGGAGAAGGUUGGUCCGUCGACUCACCCGUACGGCGCCUUCCCUUCGUCAGCACCUCUGCCCCUCCAGAACCCUGCCCUCCCUCCCACCAUCUCCAGCCCCUUCGCCGGUCUCGGCUACCCGCACUCACCGAAACAUCUCGACCAUACUGCCAUGUUUCACGGCGCCCGUGUACCACCGCCGCCCACUGCUUACCUGCCGCCCACCUCUGCUGCCUCCCAGGCCCUCCUGUCCCCAGGCUCCCCCUACUUGCACCCGUCACUGGCCGUCCUCCGUGACCUGCAGUACAGGCCACCUGCACUUGCCCCCCACCUGCUGCCCUACACUCCCUCGUUUACAUCCGUCCUGGCACAGCUGUCUCAGCGUUCUAAGUUAGAAGCAGCGCCCUACCUGGCGAGCCUGCAGCCCUAUCUGCCUUCCCUUGCAGGCCUGCAGUCCCAUGCCUCCACCCUCUCGUCAUCGGGCCUGGCGCCGCCCUUACCAUAUUCUCCACCCCUUACUGGCCCUCAGGGGCUGCAAGCUCCCCCUCUUGCACCCCUCCCUCUGCGCCGGGACGAUGCAGAGCGCCGGCAGGCCUCCCUCCAGGACCUGAGGCUGAAGGCGCGUGACCAAGAAGUGAAGCUGGAGCUGAUGCGGAAGGCCGGCGAGAUCACGGCGUGAAGACCCGGCGUCCAGGGAUGGCCGCCUCAGGACGGUCACUGGCUACUAUUCUGACUGCAGGGAGUGAAAACGCAGAGCCCGGGCAGGCGGUCACUGCUGCAGAAACCACCCUUGUAGUGGGCAACGCUGCUAGAACCCACAACGAAGGUGAGCCCCAGCCAACGGCGGCUCUGCUGCCUCUCAGGUUGGCUGGGUUCUGUCAGGGACCGCAGGAUGAACAGUGAAUCCUCGACAGUUUGUCACUCAACCAAUUUGAUGGAUUUUAUAGUGGCGGAUAUCACAAGUGAUCACGAACGCAGAUGAAGAGUAAUACACCUGGCCAUGGACGCAGGUGACCACUGACACAUCUGGCCAUGGACACAGGUGACCAAUGAAACACCUGGCCAUGGACGCAGGUGACCACUGACACAUCUGGCCAUGGACACAGGUGACCAAUGAAACACCUGGCCAUGGACUCAGGUGACCACUGACACAUCUGGCCAUGGACACAGGUGACCAAUGAAACACCUGGCCAUGGACGCAGGUGACCACUGACACAUCUGGCCAUGGACGCAGGUGACCACUGACACACCUGGCCAUGGACACAGGUGACCAGUGUCACACUGGCCAUGGACGCAGGUGACCACUGACACACCUGGCCAUGGACGCUGGUGACCACUGACACACCUGGCCAUGAAUACAAAUGGACACUUUACCACAACUCGUCAGGAGGCCAGGUGUAGAGGAGAACCAACUAGCAGUAAAAACGUGACGCCAAUAUAUUCAUCCAAUCAUAACAAAUAGUUUUAACCAAAUGGACACAGGUGGCCAAAGGCGGCUAAGUUAGUGCCGGGACUCAGGAGUAAUGUAAUGAUGUGCCUCUAGAGUGUAUAAUGGCGAUGUAUAGUAGUGUAUGCUGUAUAGUAGUGUAUAAUGUAUAGUAGUGAACGAAUCAAACUAUAAUAUGUACACACACACACACACACACACACACACACACACACACACAGUCAAUAAUCAAAGUGACCCGUCCAAGAGUCUGUUGCCUUAUUUACAAUAUAUCCAGCCUUUAUGACCCGACCUGACCUGGGUCAUGUAUAUAGCUUAUUUAAUAUUUGUCAUGUUUUAUUUUUAUUAUUUUUUGCUGUUAUUUAAUAGAAGCCAAAGUUAUUACCUUCAAGUCCUUGGUGUAUAUGAUUACUCUCUGAAUAAACUCAUGAACAGAAAA